AUGGCGACGCCCAGCGAGGUGGAGGAAGAGGCUACCGUUUACCUAGUCGUGACGGGCAUCCCCUCCGCAUUACGAUCGGCUCAGCUACGGAGCUACUUCAGCCAGUUCCGAGAGCAGCGCGGCGGGGGCUUCCUCUGCUUCCACUACCGGCACCGGCCCGAGGGGGCCCCUGCCCAGGCCUCUGACGCGGGCCUCCCUUCCAGCGACCCCGCCGCCGAGAGCCAGGACCUCGCCCAGACUACGGCCGCCGCUUCGCGCGCGCUCUCCGCGCGGAACUCUGCCCGCGGCCAGACCCGCACCUGCCAGACCCGCACCUGCUGCUGCGUCAUCUCCGUACGGGGACUGGCCCUGGCCCGGAAGCUUGUUCGCAUGUACUCAGGCCGCCGGUGGCUAGAUUCUCAAGGGACUUGGCUUCCUGGACGCUGUCACAUCCACAGACUUAGGCUACCCACUGAGGCAUCAGGUUUGGGCUCCUUUCCCUUUAAAACCAGGAAGGAACUGCAGAGUCGGAAAGCUGAGAAUGAAGCCUUCUCUCUCACUGACCUGAGACAACUCCCGGAGCUGAACCCACCAGUGCUGAUGCCCAAUGGGAAUGUGGGGACUCCCUUGAGAGUCUUUUUAGAAUUGAUUCGGGCCUGCCGCCUACCACCACGAAUUAUCACCCAGCUGCAACUCCAGUUCCCCAAGACAGGCUCUUCCCGGCGAUAUGGCAAUGUGCCCUUCAAGUAUGAGGAAUCUGAGACAGUGGAACAGGAAGAGCAUGUGUACACAGCGGAGGGUGAGGAAAUACCCCAGGGGACCUGCUUGAUAGAUGCACCAGCUAGUAUCAGUGAAGAGACUGCGGAUGAAGGAGAAAGAGAGGAGAAAGAAGAGUCUCACUCAGAUGAUGAUGAUGACCGGGGUGAGGAGUGGGAGCGGCACGAAGCACUGCAUGAUGACGUGACCAGGCAGGAGCGGACCACCGAGCGGCUCUUUGAAGAGGAGAUUGAGCUUAAGUGGGAGAAGGGAGGCUCUGGCCUGGUGUUCUACACUGAUGCCCAGUUCUGGCAAGAGGAAGAAGGAGACUUUGAUGAGCAGACAGCUGAUGACUGGGAUGUGGAUAUGAGCAUAUACUACGACAGAGGUACUGGACUGGGGUAUUUCCUCUCAUUGAAAGCCCUUUUUAAAUCCAGGUACCACGGAGAGAAGCUCCAACCAUUUGGGCAACUGAAGAGGUCUCGUGGAACUGGUUUGGGACUUAUUUCCACCAUCUAUGAUGAGCCUCUACCCCAGGACCAGAAGGAGUCGCUGCUGCGCCGCCAGCCACCCACCAGUUUGAAGUUUCGGACAGACAUGGCCUUUGUGAGGGGUUCCCGUUGUGCCUCGGACAGCCCCUGGGAGCCUGAGUGAGAGUUGAGGGCUUCCUUGGUUAGGACCUUUGUUGGUUGAAGCGUGGGGCCCUUUACCUGGGCCUUCACUUUCACUGAAGCACAAAGGAUUCUGGAAGCAGCAAUCUGUGCCACUGAGACUUGGUGCUCAGUUCUCUACCUCAAGGACAUUAAAAAAGCAAAAACAACCCCCAAAAGUUGUCUCUCCUCUUGGAGAUAAGGGUUUGUUUAAUGGCUGCUC